AUGCCACCAGAGCAUAUACGGAAAAUCAUGAACGCACAGGGCGACCUCUCUUCCAAGUUUUUUGACAAGGAGAAACAUGCAAUGCUAGGAGCACUCAAAUAUAUGCCUCACGCUAUACUGAAGCUACUUGAAAAUAUGCCACAACCGUGGGAAACAGAAAAAGAGGUGAAAAUACUUUAUCAUACAGGUGGUGCUAUCACCCUUGUGAACGAAAUACCGAGAGUGAUUGAGCCAGUGUAUAAAGCACAGUGGGCUGCCUCUUGGAUUCAAAUGAGAAGGGAGAAACAUGAUCGGAGAAACUUUAGAAGAAUGAAGUUCCCUCCUUUCGAUGAUGAAGAACCCUUCCUCGACUUUUCUAAACAAAUUCCAUCAAUCGACUCGUUGCAAGGAAUUCGCUUAGAACUAGAUCCGAUUGAAGAUGAGGCAGUGAUAGAUUGGUUCUACGAAGGGAAACCGCUCAUAGAUGAUCCCGAAUUUGUCAAUGGAGAAUCCUACAGGAAAUGGAACCUGAAGGUAAACAUGCUAACAAACUUACACAGACUUUCAACUCCUUUGAUAAACGACGAAAAGAUAGAUCCUAAUUACUUUUAUCUUUUUGACAAAGAAUCACUUUUUACCGCAAAAGCACUCAAUAUUGCUCUGCCUGGAGGACCCAAAUUUGAACCUCUAUAUAAGGACGAAAACCCAGAAGAUGAAGAUUUUAAUGAAUUUAACGCACUUGAUAGAAUAAUUUUCCGAAACCCUAUAAAGUCAGAGUACAAAGUUGCUUUCCCAUAUCUCUACAACUCAUUAGUAAGGUCAGUAUCGAUUCCAAAAUAUCAUUCCCCACCUAUUUUAUUUACUAAAACAGACGAUCCUGAUAUACCACUAUUCAACUUCAAUCCGAGCUAUAAUCAGAUAAAACCGAAAAAAGGAGUUACCAACGUUUAUGAAACCCUUGAUUUUGAUGCUGAAACAGGAGAGAUGCUGAAUGAAACAGGAGAGAUUUUUGAUACUCCUCUUGAGCUUCCUGAUUCCUUUGCUCCAUUUUUAUCUGAUGAAGAGUUGAUAUUCACUUCAGAUAGCUACCAAGCCUUUGAAUUAUAUUGGUCCUCAUAUCCUUUCAAUACUAGUACUGGAAGCAUGGUAAGAGCUGAAGAUGUUGCCUUAGUUAAAAGCUGGUACUUACAACACCCCCCAUCAGAUGAACGUGUGAAAAUAAAAAUUUCACAUCAAAAACUAUUGAAGAACCAUGUACUAAAUGAAUUGAAGAGAGAAAAAUCUCCUUCAAAUGAAUCUACUCCGAAACUAUUGAAAGCUUUGAAGGCAACAAAAUUCUUCCAAGAGACAUCUCUAGAUUGGGUAGAAGCUGGGAUUCAAGUCUGUAAACAAGGUCACAAUAUGCUUAAUUUGUUGAUCCACAGAAGGGGUUUGACAUAUCUUCAUUUAGAUUAUAACUUCAAUUUGAAGCCAACUAAAACAUUGACUACGAAAGAACGUAAGAAAUCCAGAUUUGGUAAUGCAUUCCAUUUGGUAAGAGAGAUACUUAGAAUGAUCAAGAUGAUUGUUGAUGCUCACAUCCAGUUUAGACUUGGAAACAUAGAUGCUUAUCAGUUGGCUGAUGGACUAUACUAUGCAAUGAACCAUAUGGGCCAGUUGACUGGUAUAUACCGUUACAAAUAUAAAGUUAUGCAUCAAAUCAGGGCUAUCAAGGACUUGAAACAUGUUGUCUAUAGCAAAUUCAAUAAAAUCAUUGGUAAGGGACCUGGCUGCGGAUUUUGGCAGCCCGCAUGGAGAGUCUGGAUCUUUUUCAUGAGAGGUAUAAUUCCUAUCCUUGAAAGAUGGCUAGGAAAUCUCCUCUCACGUCAAUUUGAAGGUAGGCAAUCCAAAGAGGUUACGAAAACAAUAACUAAACAGAGAGUGGAUUCAUACUAUGAUUUAGAAUUACGAGCCGCAGUGAUGAAAGACAUACUAGAUAUGAUUCCAGAAGGCAUGAAACAAAAUAAGUCGAAAGCAAUUUUGCAACAUUUGAGUGAAGCGUGGAGAUGCUGGAAAGCCAACAUUCCAUGGAAAGUCCCAGGGCUACCUGAGCCCAUUGUAAAAGUGAUUGAGAGAUACAUCAAAGCCAAAGCUGAUGGUUGGAUAUCUGUUGCGCACUAUAAUAGAGACAGAAUUGAACGUGGUGCAUCUAUUGAAAAAACCGUUGCCAAGAAAAACUUGGGCAGAUUGACAAGACUAUGGAUCAAGAACGAACAAGAUAGACAACUUGAGUAUCAAAAAGAAGGAUCUUUUGUUUCACCUGAUGAGGGUGUUGAGAUCUAUAUGAAUAUGGUCAAUUGGCUUGAGAGCAGAAAAUUUGUUCCGGUCCCUUUCCCACCCAUCAAUUACAAGCAUGACAGUAAAAUUUUAAUCUUGGCCCUUGAGAAUUUGAAAGAAGCUUACCAAGGUAAUAGUAGAUUGAAUUCCCAAGAAAGACAAGAACUUUCUAUUAUCGAACAAGCCUACGAUAACCCUCAUGAGUUUCUAGCCAAUAUAAAACGAACGAUUUUAACACAAAGGAACUUUAAGGAAGUAAAACUUGAAAUGAUGGAUCAUUAUAGCCACAUAUCUCCAGUAUAUGAUAUUGAACCUUUAGAAAAAAUUGUUGAUGCUUAUCUGGACCAAUACCUAUGGUAUGAAGCAGAUAAACGAGGUUUAUUUCCAAAUUGGGUAAAACCAAAUGAUUCUGAAAUACCUCCAUUGUUAGUUUACAAGUGGUGCCAGGGUGUAAAUAACUUAGAUGAUGUUUGGAGUAUUUCACAAGAUCAAACAAAUGUCGUGCUACAGACUUCAUUACAUAAACUAGCAGAAAAGAUUGACUUCACGUUGUUAAAUCAGUUAUUGAGAUUGAUUGUGGAUCCUAAUAUUGCUGACUAUAUUACUGCUAAAUGCAAUGUUAGUAUUAAUUACAAAGACAUGAGUCAUGUGAAUCAAUUUGGUUUACUGAAAGGUCUUCAAUUUGCAUCCUUUGUUUAUCAAUAUUACGCACUCGCUACUGAUUUAAUGAUCUUAGGCUUGGACAGAGCGACCGACUUGGCCGGAUCUCCUUUGAGCCCGAACGAGUUUUUGGAAUUUGAGAGUUUAGAAAAGCAAGUGUCACACCCAAUCCGUUUGUACGUGAGAUACAUUGAUAAGAUAACAAUUUUUUUCCGGUUCUCGAAGGAUGAAUCAGAUGAAUUAAUCGAGGACUAUCUUUCUGAAAAUCCUGAUCCUAAUUUUGAACAGAUUGUUGGCUAUAACAAUAGAAGAUGCUGGCCAAGAGAUUCUAGAAUGAAACUCACUAGACAUGAUGUACACUUGGGACGUGCCUGUUUCUGGGAAAUUGCCAGGCGUGUUCCGAGAUCAGUUAUUGAUUUGAAAUGGGAAAACUCACUAGCCUCAGUAUAUUCCAGAGACAACCCUAAUUUAUUAUUUACCAUGUGUGGUUUUGAGGUGAGGAUACUUCCAAAUUUUAGAGCAAAGGAAAGCAAACCUUCAAAAGAAGGUGUUUGGGAUUUAAUCGACGAAAAUACAAAAGAAAUAAAGGCAAAAGCAUUUUUGCAGGUUACUCAAGAAGAUGUUGAAAAAUUUCACAAUACAAUUAGGCGUCUCUUAAUGAGUGCAGGAUCCAGUCCUUUCACUAAAGUGGCAUCAAAGUGGAACACAGCAGUGCUAUCUUUGUUUGUGUACUACAGAGAAGCCAUUAUUGCUACAGAGUCACUACUCGAUAUUUUGGUCAAAUCCGAAACUAAAGUUCAAACAAAGGUCAAGUUGGGGUUGAAUUCUAAGAUGCCAACACGUUUCCCACCAGCCGUGUUUUAUACCCCAAAGGAGUUGGGUGGUCUAGGUAUGCUAAGUGCGUCUCAUAUUUUAAUUCCUACUUCUGAUUUACGAUGGUCCAAACAGACUGAUACUGGGAUUACCCAUUUCAGAGUUGGUAUGACACAUGAUGAUGAACGGCUGAUACCGACAAUUUUCAGAUAUAUUACAACGUGGGAAAAUGAGUUUCUAGAUUCACAAAGAGUUUGGUCUGAGUUUACAUCCAAGAGAAGUGAGGCUGAACAACUAAAGAAAAGAUUGACUUUUGAAGAUUUAGAAGAUUGCUGGGAUAGAGGGUUACCAAGAGUUAGCACUUUGUUCCAGAAAGACAGACAAACUUUAGCAGUGGAUAAAGGAUACCGAAUUCGGAAAGAGUUCAAACAGUACUCCAUCAUAAGAAAUAGUCCAUUUUGGUGGUUAUCAGAUCGACAUGAUGGUAGACUUUGGAAUCUUAAUGCAUAUCGUACAGAUGUCAUUCAAGCUCUUGGUGGCAUCGAGACCAUUCUUGAACAUACUUUGUUCAAAGGAACGGGGUUUGAGUCGUGGGAAGGUUUGUUUUGGGAAAAGGCCUCCGGAUUCGAGGAUACUUUAAAGUUUAAAAAAUUAACCAACGCUCAGAGAUCUGGUUUGUCACAAAUCCCAAAUAGAAGAUUUACAUUGUGGUGGUCCCCAACAAUCAAUAGAGCUAACGUCUAUGUUGGAUUCUUAGUUCAGUUAGAUUUGACGGGUAUUUUCUUGCAUGGUAAAAUUCCUACAUUGAAAAUCUCAUUAAUACAGAUUUUUAGAGCCCAUUUGUGGCAAAAGAUUCACGAAAGUUUAGUUGUUGAUUUGUGUCAGGUGUUUGAUAGUCAUUUGGAAGAAUUACAAAUUGAUAGCGUUUUGAAAUUACCCAUUCAUCCACGUAAGUCUUACAAGAUGAACUCGUCAACAGCGGAUAUUUUACUAAAUGGAGUUUCUCAAUUAGGUUGUUCAAAACCUUCAUUGUUAUUUGAUUCUAAUGAUGAUCACAAUGCAAUUCAGAGUGAUAAAUAUUGGAUAGACGUUCAGUUGAGAUAUGGUGAUUAUGAUUCUCAUGAUAUUUCACGUUAUGCUAGGGCAAAAUACCUUGAUUACACUAGUGAUAAUACCAGUGUUUACCCAUCUCAAACAGGUUUGCUAAUUGCAGUUGAUUUAGCAUACAAUAUGUACGAUGCUUAUGGUAACUGGUUUCCUGGAAUGAAGGAAUUGGUUCAAAAGGCAAUGAAGACUAUCAUGAAAGCAAACCCUGCACUUUAUGUUUUGAGAGAAAGAAUCAGAAAAGGUUUACAACUUUAUCAGGCUCAACCUCAAGAAGCAUUUUUAAGUUCAAGUAACUAUGCUGAGUUAUUCAAUAACGAUAAUAAGUUGAUUGUGGAUGACGUCAAUGUUUAUAGAGUUGUCACACAUAGCACCUAUGAGGGAAAUUCAGCAGUGAAGGUUUUGAAUGGUGCACUAUUCAUGAUCAAUCCAAGAACAGGUCAGCUAUUUUUGAAAGUUAUGCAUAGUUCCAUCUUUCAAGGUCAAAAGCAUAGGAGUAAAUUAUCUAAAUGGAAAUCUGCGGAAGAAGUGGCAGCUUUGGUUAGAUCUCUACCUAAAGAAGAACAACCAAAACAAGUUAUUAUUACAACCAAGGGUAUUUUAGAUCCUUUAGAAGUUCAUAUGCUUGAUUUCCCUAACAUUUCUAUUAGGCCAACUGAACUUCACCUACCAUUUGAUGCGGCUUUGAAAAUUGAUAAAUUGAAUGACCUAGUGAAUACUGCUAAAGAACCUCAAAUGGUUUUAUUCAGUAUAUAUGAUGAUUGGCUUGAAAGUUGCUCUUCAUUCACAGCAUUCAACAGACUCAUUGUUUUGAUGAGGGCUCUACAGAUAAAUGCAGACAAAGCAAAGUUGAUUUUGAGACCUAAUAGUAGUAUUAUAACUAAAGAGCAUCAUCUCUGGCCGUCUUUGACAGUUGACCAGUGGAGAAAUGUGGAAUCUCAAUUGGCUGACUUGAUAUUAUCUGACUACUCUGAAAAAUAUAGCAUUAAUCUUGAUUCAUUGACUGAUAAUGAAAUAAGAGAUAUCAUUCUUGGACAAAACUUGAAUGCCCCAUCUGUGAAAAAACAAAAGAUAGCAGAAAUUGAAGGUAGUAAGACUGUCAGUAUCAAGGACAAAGACGGUAACAAGAUUGACGAAGAUGAGGAAAUGGGACAGCAAAUAUCGACCAGGGUAAAAACUGUGAAUGUCCAUGGAGAAGAAAUCAUAACUGUAACGACAAACAGUAAUGAACAAGAAAAAUUUGAGAGCAAGUCUAGCUGGAGGAAAAGAGCAAUCUUAUCGAGUAUGCUCGAGUUACAAAAAAAUAAGGUUUUUGUUACUUCUGGCAAUUUUGAAGAUGAGGACAGUUAUGCUUUCGUUUUCCCGAAGAAUAUCCUUUCGACGUUUUUGUCAUGCUGCGACUCUAGAGUCCAGGUUGGAGGUUAUUUCUUCGGUAAAUCUCCACCUGAUAACGACCAAGUCAAAGAAAUUAAAUGUAUUGUUAUGGUUCCUCAACUCGGGGAACACCAUCAAGUCAACUUCCCUGAAAAUGCACCUGCAAGUGAAUAUUUAGAAGGAUUAGAGCCAUUGGGAUGGAUACAUACCAUACCAUCAGGAAAGGAGGUUGAUAUUGACGGAUGUUAUGAGAUAAUCAAUCACGCAAGAAUGAAAAAUGAUUUUGAAUGGAGUGAAAAGGCUUCGAUAAUCUCAGUGUCGAUAGCUAGCGGUAGCGUUACAAUCACCAGCAACCGUGUAACACAAAAUGGUCUGCGUUGGGGUGUAAAAUAUGCCAAGUAUUUGGGACAAGCAGACAGAUUGAUCCACUAUUCUGACGAUUAUAGAGUCACCACUCCUUUAAUUUUGACAGAGAAGUUCAAGGGAUUUACAGUUGUCCCAGCAGCCGAUAUAUGGAAUUAUGCCUUUAUUUCUAACUCAUGGGAUAAGGAGCAAGAAUAUAGUCUCAAGAUUGACCAACCACUAAGCUUUUUUCACGAACGUCACCGUCCAAUUCACUUUGAUGCGUUUAAGAACUUAGAGAGAAACACGGGUGAUAACGAUGAUGUUGAAGCAGAACAGGAGGAUGUUCUCAUGUAG